AUGGCCGCCGCACUGCCACCGUCGCCGCCCGCCGCCCUCGCGGCGCUGCUGCUCCUGGUGAUGCUUUCGCCGGCCGCGGCGCGCGUCCCUGGCGUGUACACCGGCGGCGACUGGCAGAGCGCGCACGCCACCUUCUACGGCGGCAGCGACGCCUCCGGCACCAUGGGCGGCGCGUGCGGGUACGGGAACCUGUACAGCCAAGGGUACGGGGUGAACAACGCGGCGCUGAGCACGGCGCUGUUCAACGAGGGGCAGAGGUGCGGCGCCUGCUUCGAGAUCCGGUGCGAGAACCAGCCUGGGUGGGCGUGGUGCCUCCCGGGGAGGCCGUCCAUCGUCGUCACCGCCACCAACUUCUGCCCGCCCAACUACGCGCUCCCCUCCGACGACGGCGGCUGGUGCAACCCGCCCCGCCCCCACUUCGACCUCGCCAUGCCCAUGUUCCUCCACAUGGCGCAGUACCGCGCCGGCAUCGUCCCCGUCUCCUACCGCCGGGUGGCGUGCCGGAAGUCUGGCGGGGUGCGGUUCACGAUCAACGGGUUCAGGUACUUCAACCUGGUGCUGAUCACGAACGUGGCGGGGGCGGGGGACCUGGUGCGGGCCAGCGUGAAGGGGUCCAGCACCGGGUGGAUGCCCAUGUCCCGCAACUGGGGCCAGAACUGGCAGUCCAACGCCAUCCUCGUCGGCCAGGCCCUCUCCUUCCGCGUCACCGCCAGCGACCGCCGCACCUCCACCUCCUGGAACGCCGCGCCGCAGAGCUGGCGCUUCGGACAGACCUUCGAGGGCAAGAACUUCAGGGUCUGA